ACCUUUAUUGUUGUUUUCAGCUGUUGGUUGUUUGUCCCUUUAUUAUCUGACCUAUGUAAUAACAGUUAAUAUAAAAUAAAUCAUAUUUAAAAGAAUUAAAAGUAUAAAGUUUGGAUCCGAUAACAAUUUAUUUCCAAUCCAUAAAGAAACCUUUUAAGAAUGAGCUGCCACUUGUCAUUUUAUUUUGGAAAUAACUAACGGAAGUCGCGUCUCCGCCUUGACGCCACCUUGACGUCACUGCGGUCGUGGAGAAUGUGCGCUCGUUUUGUUGCGCGGAGCAGCCCGGAGACAAAAGGUCCGGGAUUUAAUCCCCUGUAGUUCAAUAAAAGAGACACAUAUGAGGGAUUUUUACCACAUAAUCGGAAACUUGUGUCAGAGGACAAAUAAAAACAGGAUUAUAACCUCAGCUGACGUUUAUAAAAACCUACAAUCACAACAAUAAGCACCGCAUUCUCCUGUAAAGAUGCUCUGCGGGCCUAAAUCAGGUUAAAAAAAAAGGGGGGUGGUGUGUCUGUGUGUACUUUGUGAAUUGUGACAUGCAGAAGUCAGUAAAUAUCAAACCAACCCCUCACACUUUAACCACACUGGAAGGACGGCCUUCUCUUAUCCUGUCCUCACGUCCCGGAGGCCCGGGCGGGGAGGUGAGCGGUUCCCAAACAACAAACAACAACAACAACAACAAUGGGUGAAGUUUGUAGAGACAGCAGGUCCCGCGUGCUCUCUGUGAGCUGGAGAGUGUGCAACCUGUUCAUGUGUCUGUUCUUCUGUCUGGCAACCUACGUCCAGAUCAAUGACCCGGACGCAGGCGUGUGGAUGGUGGGUUAUGGUGUCCCCGCCCUGCUGUGUGCUUUAAUAACCCUGAACCCUCAUGUGACAGAGACUUUGGUCUGGAGGCGGGUUGCUGAUCUGCAUGUGAUGGUUUCCUGCGCCGUUGUUUCCAUGUUGGGUUGGAGGCUUCAUGCAGAGGGAGUCACAGAGAUCUUCCAACGGGAGGAGGGCAGGGAAUUUUCUGGUCUCCUGUUGACGACUGUGUGGCUCCUCAUGUGUCGCCACUCUGGAAGGUCUCCAGUCGGGACGCUCAGAGUCUCCACAGCUGUCGCCAUCACAGUCUUCCCCUUUGUGGCCUGGCUUUACUACUACAUCAACAGGGAGCUGACGUCCAACUGGCCCUCACACUGCAAAACUGCUAUUUAGACAUCAACUUCUCUCCUCUAUGUGAUUGAUUAUUAAUUACUAAUCUUGUUACGUUCUUUGCCUUAAAAUCACGGACCAAGAAUGCUGCUUAAAUAAACAUUUUGCAUCAUUAAAUACAGACAUACAACAGCUGAGAUGCAUUGAAACUGUGUCAAUUUAAUGUGUGAUUUUUAUAUUAAAGUCUGUAUUUCUUUA